AUGCCAACAGUCUUACUGCCUUCUUCCGCUGCGGCUUUUGCACCGCGAUCAUCGCCCAAUGUGGUCCUGCAAAGAAAAGUCGCGCCAUGGUUAACGGCGGCCUUAAAGCGAGUCAACCGGGUCAAGCGCCCUCUGAACAAUGUCACCCAGCACACGCGGUGCUUGACAGAGACGCUCUCCUCAAACAACGCUAUUUGGACGCUAUGCUCGAUGAUGUUUACCAAGGCCCCUGAAGCGGAACUGCGCAAGGACGACAAUCCGCUUGUGGAAGGCCUGUUCAACUAUCAGAUGAUCCACAUCGAGGCCUACGUGGUCCAUGUCGACAUGGUCUCGCGCAAUGAGGUGGCUCUCAAGCUGACCCCGGAGACGAUUGAAACCCUGGUGGAUUUUCAUAAAGACGUCUAUUCGGUCGAUGCUGCCGCCAAUACGUGGGACUGGUCUGGCAAACAGUCCCAGCUGAAGAAGUUACAGGAGGAGUUUGUCCAAGCGGCAAACAAGUUCGUGUACCGCACUAAUGCCGAAGCCUUGGAGGGACUCGAGGAGGAUGGCGCCGGAGAGCUUCUCUGUGGCCGUAGCGAGGAGGCCAAAACGGCGAUCUCGAGUCUCUUCGUGCCGCUGUUGCCUCCGCCACCACGGGUGGUAGACGUGAUGCGCCCAGUGCCUCUCCUGCCCAGCUCGACCGGGCCCGAAACCUGGUGGCAGACCCCGAUGCCGCCCUCCGCAGUCGAGUCGUGGAAAGUAAUGCCGCCCAGCCCAUCCCCGGCCAGCACGGAUGAUUCUAAUCCGAAUCUGUGGGCUAGUCUCGCUUUCAGUGAAGCCCAGCUGCCGUCGCCCACCCCGUCCUACAGCCAACCCUUCACAACCGCGCCGUACCCGACGUAUGACAACAUGGUAGCGACCUCGGCGGCUAUCGCGACCCUCCCACUCCCGAGUAUGCUUGUACAACCGUGCAGCACGGCAGCCAACAUGGCCGGUUUCGGAGGAUGGGGAGAAUUUCGCGGAGACUUCGCCCCGUUACCAUACGGCACGACAAUCUAG